AUGUCUGGUGACAUUGCAACGAAUGAAACACUUAGUGAGAAUGGAUAUGCGUAUAAACAUUUUCAAAAAAUAAGCGAUCAUUACUCUUACAGGAGUCCUAAUACAAAUCCUGUUAAAUCAAUAAAGUCAUGGGAUUUAGAUCCACCUUAUCAUUCUGAUUUACUUGAAGAAUAUUAUUCAAAUGAUCAAAAGUAUGAUAACACUAUAGAAAAUGAUCAUAAUAUAAUCACAGACACAGAAACUAUGGCUAAUCCCUAUAACAACACGGAAAACUAUCCUACAAGACAUAAUGACGACCUUAUGGACAGAAAUGCUGAAAAUUAUGAUAAUAUGAAUUCUGUAUUAGCUGAUCCUUUUUUGACAAGCUACAAUGAUGACUAUAAACCUUCUGAUAUGUUUCAUAAUGAAGAUCCGAUUAUGCCUCAUUCACUGUGGGAAUCGCCUAGUGAUGCAGAUUUAUUGGAGAAUACUUACCAAGACAAUUAUCAGCCCUACCAGUUGGAUAAAGUAAGUAAUUAUAAACCUAAAGAGUUUUACCUACCUCCACAAGAACCAAUGGACACAAACACUACCUACAGUAUAGAUUAUCCACCCCGUUACUCUCGGAUGGAAAAAAGCUAUAAACCACACGAAGUCUACGUACCUCCUACGAUACCGAUUUCAAAUAUGACAACUUAUCAGUCAGAAUAUAAAGACCCUCCUUGGUCACCUAGAGAAAUGCCUUUCAGAAUGAAAGAUAACGAAACUUUUCCAAAGGGCAGGUUUCAAAGUGAAACGAGUUAUUUUACAGACUAUCCACCAAAAGAGGCCCAACCUGUGCACUGUUUCAAACCAUAUAGAGAGUAUAGAAUGCCUACAGAGCCUAUGUCUGGCCAAACAAAUUAUCAAACGGACUAUACAUUCCAACCAUACUCGAAACCGAAAUCGUACUCCCCUAUGUACGUCUAUCAACAACCUAAAAUACCAUUUCAUAAAAACACAAGUUAUUCCGAAGAAUUUCAACCUCAUCUAGUUUCAAAACCCAAAAGUUUUACACCCGUUUACGAGUAUCGAAAACCCAGAACAAAAAUGGAAGACACUACUGCUUAUAGUUCAGACUACAGACCAUGGCAGAUUAAAAGAGAUGACCCAUUUUAUCCCAAAGAUAAUCUUCGUUUACUUCAUGCUAAUAAUGAAAUGGUUACGAGUUAUAUGGAUGAGUUUCCGCCUAGGUAUGCACAUAAAUUAAAUCCUAUAAAACAAAAAGAAACCAGAUGGCUGAGCGAUGAAGCCUUAUCCAGUCAAACCACAUAUCUAACUGACUUUAGACCAGUUACUCCGAAACCAUCUAUGUCAUAUAAACCUAAGGAAUUUUAUAGAUCACCAAGUGUACCAGUAGUUUCACAGUCAUCCUACGCAGAAGAAUUCAUCCCGAGGUAUUCUAAGAAACAAGAUCCGGUUUUGCCUAAAACCAAUCUCAAAGUUUCAAAAAUGCCAAUGGAUAAGACCUCUUCAUAUUCAGAGGAAUUUCAAUACCGCAAGGCGAAGAAAACGGAAAAUUUAAAACCUGUAGACCGUUAUAAGCAUCCAACUGUACCAUUUUCUGGAAAGACAAGUUAUCGGACUGAAUUUCGUCCACCCUACAGAGAGUACAAAAAUAACCAAAGCUGCCCUCCAACCACACGUUAUUCAUAUCUCCAUCCUACUACCAAAGUCAACAUGACAACUUAUGCUAAUGACUUUAGACCUAGGAAAACACCAUCAAAGCUUCAACCAAUAGUGAAAGAAGAUAAUCUAAAAAUAAACUAUUUGAUUAACGAUGACCUAAAAACAAGUUAUUCAAUCGACUAUGUGAAUUAUUAUGAACCAUAUGUAAACUCAUACAAAAAGGACAGUGAAUUUAAUCAACCCAGUGAAAAUAUUCACAUUGAAACAACGAAUUCAAAUAAUCUCUUACCAAAAAUUAACGUUCAUAACACACAUCCUAAGACAACAAAAAAUUCUCCGCAAACUUCUGAUAAACAAAAAGUAAAUAACAAUUAUUCCAAUACAACAUACCAUCAGGAACAUACAAAACUACCACCUCUUCAACAAACAAAUCAGUUCCGACCACAGGACUACUAUGUUCCACCGAAAGUUAAAAUGUCAAAUGAAACAACUUAUUCAUGUGAUUAUAAAUGGCCUGAAUUUUUCAUCAGUGCAAACAAAAAUCCGAAUAAUCAUAAUAAUUUAAACAGUCCAUAUAACCACACUGAUAAUAAUUCCAACAACUUUAAUCAAUAUUCUAAUAAUGCUGAAUUCACUAAUACUGAUUUGUCUAAGCAUAGUUACACAGUGGCUGAAAAUUCUAAUGUCCUACCUAAUAUGUAUCCUGCAAAUAAUAAUCCCGAUUUCAAUGAUCAGAAUAAUAAUGGUGCUUUAGGUAAAUUUAUGGAUUUAAUGUCACAAAAUAGAACAGAUGAGUAA